AUGCCUAACCCCUCUCUGCUCUCUCGUUCUCUUACUCUUCUUUUGCUCUUCCAUGGCUGCCUAGCCCGCUCCUCGCAGUCUUGGCAGUUCCAAAAUGAGUGCCAAAUCAAUAGGCUUGACACCAUUGAACCCGUCACACGAAUCAAGUCCGAAGCCGGAGUGACUGAGUGGUGGAACCCCAAGAACAAACAGCUCAAGUGCGCUGGAAUGGCAGUGAUGAGGCACAUUGUUGAACCUGAUGGACUUGUUCUGCCAUCCGUCACAAAUGCUCCUCAGCUUCUAUAUGCUGUCCAAGAUAAAUAUAAAACAUAUAGUAUGGGUAGCGGUAUUCAAGGCACCGUAAUGCCUGGAUGUCCCGAAACAUUCCAGGAUUCACAACAAUCUCAACAUGGACAAAGCCUAAGGUUCCAAGACCAGCACCAGAAGAUCCGCCGCUACCGUGAGGGCGAUGUCUUAGCAUUGGCAGCGGGAGUAGUUCACUGGAGCUAUAACGGUGUCAAUCAGUCUGUUAUUACUGUCAACCUUUUUGACACCGGCAACAGCGCUAAUCAGCUUGACAUGAACCCUAGAAGAUUCCAUCUUGCUGGUAACCCAGAAGAGGAUCAGAAGAAACUAAGGCAGCUACAACAGCAGCAGCAGCAGCAGGGAAGCAGUAGCGAGGAGGAAGAAAAAGAUGAAGACAACCGCAAAAGUUGCCACCACCAGCAGCAGAGCUCAUACCGCAAAACUGAGUUUCUUGCUCAAGCUUUCAACGUCGACAUGAAAACCAUAGAGAAGCUACAAGACGACCAAGGAAAGAGAGGGACCAUCGUCAAGGUCAAGAGCAGACUCCAAGUUAUAAAACCACCAAGGAUGGAGCAAGAAGAGCAUGAAGAGCGUCAGCAGGAAAGAGAACAGCAGCAAGGAGGAAGAGGAUCAUCUCAACGUGAUAAUGGCCUAGACGAAACUUUCUGCACCAUGAGAAUCAAAGAGAACAUUGCCGACCCUGAACAUGCCCAUAUUUUCAAUCCUCAGGCUGGUCGUAUUAGUACUCUCAAUAGCUUUAACCUCCCCAUCCUCAGGUACCUUGGCCUCAGCGCUGAGAGGGAUGCUCUCUACAACAAAGCUGGUUUGAUUCCACAAUGGUCCAUGAAUGCCCACAGAAUAUUCUACAUGCUAAGGGGACACGCCAGGGUCCAGGUAGUGAACCAAAACGGUGAUGCCGUGUUCGACGACUACCUCGAGAAGGGACAGCUUCUGACGGUGCCGCAGAACUUUGCCUUCAAGAAACCGGCCGGAAGUGAAGGAGCCGAAUGGGUUUGCUUCUACACCAAUGACAAUGCUAUGAACACCCUUCUGGCUGGCCGAUUGUCUGCCAUGCGGGCAAUACCUGAGGAGGUGGUUGCCGUUUCCUAUCAGAUAUCAAGAAAGGAGGCCAAGAGGGUCAAAUAUAGCAACCAAAACAACUAUUUCUUCACUUCUUCGAGGUACGAGAGAAGGGCCGAGGCUUAAAGCCAAUGCAAUGAAAGUCAUGAGUAAUGGUGUAGGUAAUAUCCUAAUAAAAGAGUUGAGCUUGACCCAUGUAUUCCCCUUUUUUUGGGUUUCUUUGUGAGGUUGGCAAGUAGGUGAGAUUAGGUUAGAGGAUGCAUAAAAGGCCUCCGAAUAAGAUGGCCUGUUAUGUG